AUGAAUACAUCACCUACAAGUUGUUCUAAUGAACAUGAUUACUUAUUUGGCAUAAAACUUAAUGAGGAACAGGCAGAAAAAGUGCGAAAGCAAGUACCGGCAAGUGAUUUCAAGCGGAUAAAGCUACAAGAAGGAUUGCGAAAGAAUUGGGACAAAUUUUAUUUGCGAAAUAAAAGUAAUUUCUUCAAAGAUAGAUGGUGGACACAGCACGAACUUGCUGAACUGCUGAAGCAACACGUCAAUUUAGAGGAGAGUCUAAAUUUCUUGGAAGCUGGCUGUGGAGUUGGCAAUUUACUUUUCCCAAUAAUACAUCUUUACCCACACUGGAGCUUCUAUGCUUUUGACUUUUCUGACAAUGCCAUUCGGUUACUACGUGAACGAAGUGAAGCGAGCAGUCUGUCAAUCAGUACUACAGUUGCAGACUUAACUUAUGACAAGUUUUCCUUGGAUUUUCCAGCAGCUGACGUAGUAUCCUUAAUUUUUGUUCUCAGCACUAUCCCCCCUUGUAAGCACCAGCAAGCAGUGAAGAACUUAUUCAACUUAGCAAAUGUUCGGGGUAUAGUUUUUGUUCGUGAUUAUGGCAUCAACGACUACGCCAUGCUUCGAUUUGGCCGAGAGUGCAAACUGGAUGAGAGAUUUUAUGCAAAACAAGAUGGAACGAUGACUUACUACUUCAAAUUAGAAGAAUUGGAUGAACUGUUCACUGGACAAGGUUUUCACAAAGUAAAAAGUACAUACUUGCUAAGAAAAACUGUCAACCAUCAAAAAGAUAUUUCAGUUGAUCGAGUAUUCGUACAGGCUGUUUACGCUAAAUGCUUAUAA